UGGCGUGACUACAUAAAAUAAUCAUAUCAGAUCAUAACCGUCGUAUCAGUUAUAACAGUUUGUACUUUUGUAAAACUUUCGACGAAACGUGAUGCCGAAACCAAAGAAAUACGCCCUUAUAUGGUGGUUAGACAGUGCCUACAAAGAUGUGAUCGAUUUAUUAGUAUUGCCGCGAAAUAACAGAGAAGUUAAUUGUGUUGCAUCUGUGAAAUGGCGUGAUAACAAAGGAAAAACAACCAAAAUGCGUGCUAAAGUUCUCGCCAUAAGUGAAAAUCGUGAUGAACUGGAAAAUAUUAUUGUCAAUGCUUGCGGGAUAAUAAAUGAUCCCUCAAAUAAAAUUUUCUCAACGGAAAUAUUGGAAGAAAGACAAGUGCUUACAUAACAAGAAAAAAUAUGCAAAUGCAUAAAAAAAUCAAAUAAAAGACAAAUGGAAGAAAAAAUAAAAAAAGAUCGCCCAAUCUUUGAUAAAGAGAAUUUUUGGAUAAAACCUGACAAAGUAGAAAAGCUCAACGAAGUUCGACUUCAUUCAGAAAAUAUACGAGAUCAUCCUAAGCAAGCAAUUAACGAAAGUCAGUCAUAUCUCCUUCCAACUUCUUCGAAUAUUUUAGAAGAGAAAACUUAUGGAAGAGACAAGCCAGACAAUCAAGGAGUUACUGAAAACUUUCAUAAACCUUCUCAAAAUUUUACUGAUACAUGGAAUUCUCAGUCAGAGUGGAAGAAACCGGAUGCUAAUUCUUCGAGCCAAUUAUACAGUAGCACAGAUUCGUAUUUUUGUGAAAAUUAUCCGAUUAGAGAAGUGUCUCAAAAUAAUAUACCCUUUGAGCAGUCAGAUUACACUUUGAUGGAAAUAGGGAGUGUUUCAUCUCAAUCAUGUGUAAAAAGCAGCAAGUAUGAAAAGUCUAAUAAUAAUUCGGAAAGAUGUGUAAAUCCUACAAAGAUACAAUCCUAUGAAAAUACAGUAAAGAACGUAGCAAAAACAAAAUUUAUCUCUGAAAAAAGAUUGCGAAAAAAUAAAGAGAGUAGUUCAGAAUCCACAUCUACCAAAGAAUAUUCAGAGAAUAUGCAGAAUAAUAGCGAAGAUUCAACAUUGGAUUUUUCGGAUGAAUCUCAAUAUAGUGAGCAAAAUUUAAAUGCAGCACGAUCAUUUGCAAGAUUAAUACCAUUUAAAAUUACCAAACGAGACAUUGAAUUUCUGCAAUUUCUUCUUGUAGCAAUUAAACAUUCGUACGAAGCAGAAGCAAAAGCCGAUCGAAAUAAUGAAGAAAUUUUUGAAAUUCCGGCGCAUAUGCUGAAACCUGGAGACAACGUGGAGAUAUCACCCAAUAGUGGCUUUUAUUUAUCUCGAGAGAAAAUUGCUUACAUCGAAUUAAAAUCGACAACGGAAAAUGAGAACUGCGAUUGGAAGAAGCUUGUGCGAGAAACUCUUCUAGAAGUGUAUGAUGAAAGCAUCACCAAUUAUUCUGCUACUGGAAGAAGAGGAGCUCGACCAGCAAUUAAUGCUGUACUUUUUAAAGCUUUAUUUAAAUGGGCAACUGAAAAAGCUGAAAGACCGAUUACUCGGAAAGCAUACAUACAGUGCAUAAAUAAGUGUGCGUCGAAUAAGCGUAAAUAUAGAACAAAAAAAGAAAAAAAUGAAAAGCGCGCACCGAAGAAAGUAAAAAAAAUUGAUUUGCGAUAACUGUGGAACAUCCGUGAUGGAAAAAUUUACACAUAUUACGGAAAUUACGGAUAACUUGAGAAGCUACAUAUUUCAUAUUAUUUUUUUAAUAAACUACAUCUCUAGUAAUAUUUUUUUAAGCUAAAUUUUUUUC